GAUCAGUUCCGAUUUGUACGGAAAAACGGAGAUCUGUGAUUGUUUCCGCUUUAAUAUUGAAUCUAACAGAACGAGAGAAUGUCGUUCAGGCUGCUUUUCUUUUCGACGAUUAUUGUUGGAUUUAUGGCAAUUGAAAUUCCUCCAUACAUACAUAUUUGCGGCAUGAAAAAUCCGAAUCUCGAUGACUGCAUCACGAAGAGCGUGGAUGGUAUAGCCAAGAAACUCGCCGCUGGUAUACCAGAGUUGAAUGUUCCACCAACAGACCCAAUGUUAAUCGGGGACAUGGUACUUAUUGAUACCGCAAACUUUAAGGCCACUGGAUCCAACGUCACGCUCACUGGCAUAUUGACGUAUCAUAUAAAUAGGCUGCACUUAGAUCUCGAGAAGCAGCAAGUAGACAUCGAUCUGGAUUUGGAUGAAGCUAAAAUAGAUGGCAAUUACAAUAUUAGCAUUAGGAUCUUGAUCCCUAUAAAUGGAAAAGGACCUCUCACCUUUACCACAAAUAACGCAAACGCAAAGAUAAAAAUGUUGUACAACCUGGUGGAACACGCUGGAAAACAGUACGUCUACUUCUCGUCAUUGACCACGCACUUGGACAUCAAGGAUUAUACUAUCAAAUACGAGCCGGAAAAUUUCGACGAAACUCUGCGGGAUGCGUUCAGAGAGGCGAUUGGCCACAAUAAUCGGGAAAUAUUGGAAAUGACCAGACCUAAUUUAGAGAAAGCAAUUUCCCAGAGAUGCCUAGAAAUAUCUAACAAGAUCUGCAAGCACUUCCCUUAUGACGAACUUUUGCCCGAUCGGGAGUAAAGCAGAUCGUUAAGAGAUCAUUGCGAAAAUCCCUGUGAAAUAAAAGGAAAUGGCGGUUCGAACGAAAUAAACGAUUGAGUUACGUUUCUCAUAAAAUAAAUCGUUGGUUAUUCGAAUAUUUUUUUAACUAUAUAUUAGCCACGGUGUUUAUCGAUGACAAAUUUGUCAACAUUUUUAGUGUGACUGAAAUAACAUAAAUUUCGUGGAUUAAAAAUUUGUCAACAUUUUUAAAGUGACUGAAAUAACAUAAGUUUCGUGGAUUAAAAAGUUGUCGACAUUUUUAAAGUGACUGAAAUAACAGAAAUUUCGUGGAUUAAAAAGUUACCAACUAUGUGAGUGACUUAAAUAACAUCUUCGUUAUUCUUGCGAUUAAUCUCUUUGUUAUGUAAUUUAUUGAAAUUAUCUCCUUGUUAAACGUCCUACGAUAUUCUGUAAAAAAAAAAAAAAAAUGUGUCCUACACGUUUAUUAGUAAAAAAUACGCAUUUCUGAAAAUACUUGAUACAAUGGUUUAUUGUGAUAAUAAAUUGUAUAAAAUCUUUUAGAAUUAUA